AUGAGGUUCCUUGAUCUGGUCCGUCCGGCGAUGUUCCUCAUGCCUGAGGUGGCUUCGCCAGACAGACGAAUCCCAUUCAAGGAGAAGAUACUGUGGACGGCUAUGGCAUUGUUUAUUUACCUUGUCUGUUGCCAAAUACCGCUAUAUGGAAUUGCAACUAACAAGAACGCUGAUCCCUUCUAUUGGAUGCGUGUCAUUCUAGCAUCCAAUCGAGGGACUUUAAUGGAGCUUGGUAUCUCACCAAUCAUCACAUCGGGUAUGGUAAUGCAACUUCUCGCUGGCUCUAAGAUAAUCGAGGUCGACCAGAGUUUGAAGGAAGAUCGUGCCUUGUUCAACGGAGCUCAAAAGUUAUUGGGUAUCCUCAUCACACUAGGAGAGGCAGCAGCUUAUGUGAUGUCUGGCAUGUAUGGUGAUGUUACCGAGAUUGGUGCGGGAAAUGCUCUCCUCAUUAUGAUCCAGCUUUUCUUCGCUGGCGUUAUCGUACUCCUGCUCGAUGAAUUACUGCAGAAAGGCUACGGUCUGGGAUCGGGAAUCUCCCUAUUCAUUGCCACUAAUCUCUGCGAAAAUGUUAUCUGGAAAGCCUUCUCUCCCACGACGUUGAAUACGGGCAAGGGCACCGAGUUCGAAGGUGCUAUUAUCGCUCUCUUCCACUUGCUGAUUACACGCAACGAUAAGCUUCUCGCCUUGAAGGAAGCGUUCUAUCGUUCUACCGCUCCGAAUCUGACUAAUUUGCUCGCCACUGCCAUCGUAUUCUUCGUCGUUAUCUACUUCCAAGGUUUCCAGGUGAAUCUACCCGUGAAGUAUCAAAAGGUUCGUGGUCAGACGGGCUCGUAUCCUAUCAAGCUUUUCUACACCUCCAACAUUCCCAUCAUCCUCCAGACGGCUCUCGUCUCCAACUUGUACUUCUUUUCACAAAUAUUGUACCGAAGAUUCAAGAAUAACAUGAUUGUUAACCUGCUUGGUCAGUGGCAGGAUGUAGAUAUGGCCGGUACCCAGUCGAUCCCUGUUGGUGGUAUAGCCUACUAUAUCUCACCUCCCAACAGCUUCACUGACGCUAUCAGCGAUCCAAUCCAUGUCGUCGUGUAUGUGACAUUUGUGCUCACGAGUUGUGCCCUGUUUGCCAAGACGUGGAUUGAGGUCAGCGGUAGCAGCCCUAAGGAUGUAGCCAAGCAGCUGAGGGAUCAGGAGAUGAUCUUCUCUGGUCACCGUGAUACCUCUCUAUUGCAUGUCUUGAAUAUGUACAUCCCCACCGCUGCUGCAUUCGGAGGUUUGUGUAUUGGUGCUCUCACUAUCUUCGCUGAUAUGCUUGGUGCUAUCGGAUCUGGUACUGGUAUCUUGCUCGCAGUUACCAUUAUAUAUCAGUACUACGAAACAUUGUACAAGGAGAAGGAGCAAGGGAAUAUGCUCUUCUGA